CACCCAACACAUUCGCUCACUCACACAACUCCAGACUUUUAGUCACUUACUUUCGUUAACACACGCCCUCUCCACCUCACCAAUACCAUCUAAUCAACCACCUUUUUUACUUUUAAAGUAAAUCAAUCCCAAUCUUCAAGAUGCAAUUCUCCGCCGCCGCCGUCGCCGCUGCCCUCGUGGCCACCGUCGCUGCCCACAGCAACGUCACCUACGUCACUGAGGUCGUCACUGCUUACACCACCUACUGCCCGGAGGCCACCACCCUGACCUACAACGACAAGACCUACACCAUCACUGAGGCCACCACCCUCACCAUCACCGACUGCCCUUGCACCAUCUCCAAGCCAGUCACCGUGACCCCAGUUGUCGUCUGCAACACCUGCGUCCAGCCUGCUGCCCCAACCUACGUCAACUCCACCACCCCUGUGGUCACCCCCGUUGUCCCAGUCGUCCCAGUUGGCACCGAGGCUCCUCAGCCAACCCAGACUCCUUUCAAGGGUGCCGCCAACCGCGCCGUCGUCGGCUCCGCCGCCGGCCUUGCUGGUCUCCUCGGCCUCGCUGCUUACAUCUUGUAAGCGGUGAAACUCUCCGAGUUUGACCUAGCGCGAUGAACGGUUUUCCAGGAACCGGACUUCUGCAAAAGAUGGACAAAGAAUAUACAACACACACCCUUGACGUGGACACGAUGAUAUCGGCACAUUUGCGAUUUCGGGGAGU